GUUCAAUGACGGGUUCAAUUCCUCAGUCCAGUACCUCUGUAAAAUGAGUUAUCAGGCUCCGCAGGUCAAUCAACACCCACAUCUAACGUGACCGCCUAGCUUUCGCGCUAGCACACCUAAAGCUCUCGUGCACCUCAAUCUUCAGUACACCUGCACUUACUGGUACCUGAAAUCUCCCGACUAUAUUAGAUCCCGUGAGAACACAUUAAGUACUCUCCAAGUCAAACUUCACAACCAUGUCUCACGAACACUCUCACGACCAUGCUCACUCGCAUGACCAUUCCCACUCCGCACCAGAUCACGGCCACACGCACGAGAUCCUCGAUGGACCGGGAAGCUACAUGGGUCGAGAGAUGCCCAUUAUUGAGGGAAGAGAUUGGUCUGAGCGAGCUUUUACUGUUGGUAUCGGAGGACCUGUGGGCUCGGGCAAGACAGCUCUCAUGCUAGCACUCUGCCUUGCCCUUCGAGAAAAGUACUCUAUCGCUGCCGUAACAAACGACAUCUUCACGCGCGAAGACGCCGAGUUCCUCACCAAGCAUAAAGCCCUCCCCGCUGAACGCAUCCGCGCCAUUGAGACAGGCGGCUGUCCCCACGCUGCCGUGCGCGAAGACAUCUCCGCCAACCUCGCUGCACUAGAAGACUUACACCGGGAAUUCACUUCAGAUAUCCUACUGAUCGAAUCAGGCGGUGAUAACCUCGCAGCUAACUACUCUCGUGAACUUGCGGACUACAUCAUCUACGUGAUUGAUGUUUCUGGCGGUGACAAGAUCCCGCGAAAGGGUGGGCCGGGAAUCACGCAGAGUGAUCUGUUGAUUGUUAAUAAGACUGAUUUGGCGGAGGCGGUGGGUGCUGAUUUGGAUGUUAUGGAUAGGGAUGCGAGGAAGAUGAGGGAGGGGGGGCCGACGGUCUUUGCGCAGGUUAAGAAGAAUGUUGGUGUUGAUCAUAUUAUUGGGCUGAUUGAGAGUGCGUGGAGAGGAAGCGGUGCGGAGGCUGUUAGUAAGUCGAGAGGUGGUCCUGUGGCUACUGCUGGACUGGAUAGCUUGAAGUGAGAAUGGCUUUAAUAUGGGAAGGUGGAGGGUUGGUUUCGAGAGUAUUGAGGGUCGGGGAACUUAAUUCAGCGGGGAGUAAGCUAUAGAAACAUUCUACAGUAUGUCACCCAGAUACUUAGUAUCAUAUCAUGACAGCUUUUAGGACUGUUGAAGUCGCCAAUUUCCUGUGGUUUCAAUACUUCAGAACAUGUCUGUACAAGCAGAAUGUAUCUACUACACAUAAACGUGCAUCUGGGCACUCUCAAAUUCAAAUUCUAUUUCGACCUGGUUUCUCACUUACUAGACCUGCCACAAAAGAGAGACUCUAGAAUUUCAGAUUUUAAGACUCGACUUUAUA